CCGCACGACAAAUUGCCUCAGUUGAGUUCGCGAUUUCAUAAAUGUCGGAUUGCAAAAUAAAAGUGGUUCUGAAUUCGAACUUCAGAAUUUCGAAAAUUUAAAAUAUACAAGUUCUCAUUGAAAGUGUCAUUCAAAAAUCUAAUCGAAACUUCAAAAUAACAAAACAAGUCAAUAUUUAUUCGAAAUAAAUCUGUCAGAAUUUAAUAUCGAAAGAAAUACGACUUCGAAUUUUCAUUUGCUUGCACUGCAAAAUAUAUUUGGCGAAGAUGAGUCGAUUUAUAUUUUUUAUAGCUUAUGUUGUCGCAAUCAAUUUGCUUUUGGUUCAAACUUUAGAGCUGUGUGGAUUUACUAAAAAAUGGGCGUAUGAUUCUGUUCGGGAGAAGAUCAUGGAAGCAGAACGUUUAUCUGCUACUGGUGGCAAUUUAUGGCUGUCACCAAAAGAAGAGAAGGCCAAUUCUAUUUUAAUGAAUGCCAAACGUCAAGAGAUAGCUGAAGGUCUUAAAAAACCUGAUAUGUACCCACCGGGAAUGCAUUUCUUUCAUGCGAAACCGUUAAUUCGUCAAAGUGAGGUUUUUCGAAUUAUUCAAAAAAUGCCUAAAGGUGCGUUUCUUCAUGGACACAACAAAGGGAUUGUUUCAUCAAAAUGGGUCAUUAAAAACUUAACAUCUCAAUACAAUGUUUACACUUGUCGUGAUGAGAGAGGUGUUAUGUUAUUUACAUUCCGCAAUACAAGUCGGUGUUCCAGUGAAUUGAAAAACGUAUGCGUUGAACGAUUAAAUACUGAUGAUCGCCGACAGUAUGAUCGGCAAUUAGAGAAACACAUCAACAUGUACACUAUGCAUCCGGAGUCACUUAUCACAGAGAGUCAGAAAAUUUGGAGACGUUUCGAGGAUGUUUUUGAUUCGAUUGAUAACUUUUAUAGAUAUUUACCGGUCUUUAAAGCCUACCAUCGACGCAUGAUGGAAGAGUUUUAUGAGGAUAAUAUUAUUUAUGCUGAGAUUCGAGCUUCUUUGUCAGAACUUUAUGGGGACAAAAAUAAGACUUAUGAUGCUUUAGAAGUUGCAGAUGAACUGGAAAAGGUCGUUAACGAAUACAAAGACGCGAAUCCUGAUUUUGUUGGCAUGAAAAUCAUUUUCGCGAAGAAAAAUAAGGGAACUGUUGAUGAUAUGACAGAAAGAAUUGUUCGAUUUAAGGAACUGCACUCCGCUAAACCAAAUUUUAUAAUUGGAUUUGAUUUGAUUGGUCAAGAAGAUAUGGGUGAUCCAUUGCAUAAAUUUGUCACAGAGUUGUCUGAUUUACCGACAGGGGCUCAUUUCUUCUUCCAUGCUGGAGAGACAAAAUGGUAUGGUAAAACAGACUGGAAUCUUAUGGAUGCUAUACUCUUGAAUACUCGUCGUAUUGGUCACGGAUUUGCUUUGUCUAAACAUCCUCAGCUUUGGGACACAGUAAAAAAUCGUGGCAUUGCAAUUGAAGUUAAUCCAAUUUCAAACCAAGUUCUUGGUUUAGUUUGGGAUUUAAGAAAUCAUCCGGCUUCAUUUUUUAUCGCUGAAGAUAUACCCAUUAUAAUAUCGGCUGAUGAUCCAGGAGUAUGGAAUGGCAAGGGUUUGAGUUAUGAUUUUUACUAUGCAUUCAUGAGCUUUGCACCAGUUGAUGCUGAUUUGAGGAUAUUAAAGCAAUUUGCUUUGAACUCAAUUAAAUACUCAGUGUUGAAUGGUGAUGAACGUCGAAAGAUUAACAAAGUUUUUAGAAGAAAAUGGGAGGAAUUUAUUGACGAUGUUACAAAUUUGAGAUUUUAGAAAGAGUUUAGAAAUGGAAACUAUAUUUUUCGUACUUAUAUGCAUGUUAUUUAAUAAAUAUUU